CACUAUAAAUUGCAAUCAAGUAGCAUUUAAUCUUAUAAGUAUACGAACGACAGCGGUACAACGUGAACGGUGUUAACAAUGAAGUGGAAUAAUUUAAUAUUUGUGUUGGUCCUGGCUGGAUUUGCCAGUGGCAUGACUUUGCCGGAAACUGACUCUGCAGCUUUAGAAAGGGCGGCAGAAGUUGUCGCUGCUGAAAAUGAUGAUUACACAGUAUUGGAAAAACUAAGUGAUAGCUUGGUUCAUGCAGAAAAUUUUAAUGAAGACUUGGAACUACAAGACGCCCUAGAAGACGCUGAUGUGGUUGUAAGCAUAACAGAAACUGAAAAUGAUGAAUAUGCACCCGAUGCCAGUGCUAAUGAGGAAGUAUCUCAAGACAGUGAUGUAGUUGAAGUGAAUUCUGGUAACGAUGAAGCAGCUGAAGUCUCUGUAGUUGAAGAAAAUUCUACUAAUGAGGGAGAAGAUGAAGCAAGUGUAUCUGCUAAUGAGGAAGUAUCUCAGGACAAUGCAGUUGAAGUGAACUCUGGUAACGAUGAAGUAGCUGAAGCCACAGUAGUUGAAGAAAAUUCUGGUAAUGAUGAAGCAGGUGAAGCCACAGUAGUUGAAGAAAAUUCUGGUAAUGAGGAAGCAGCUGAAGCCACAGUAGUUGAAGAAAGUUCCGACAAUGAGGAAGCAGCUGAAGCCACAGUAGUUGAAGAAAGUUCUGACAAUGAGGAAGCGUCAACAAAUGAUGGCAAUGAUGAAAAUAAUGACAAUGAACAAGGAGAAGAGCCAGAAGAAACUGUUUCGGAAACUACAACUGUUAGUGCGGAUACAACUACGGAACUCCCCACUUGCUCUACACCGGGAUUGCAAGCCCAUGAAACAGAUUGCCGUUUAUAUUAUUCCUGCUCAGCAUUGGACUCAGCUGACGGAACUUUGCGCUUACAAACCCUUUCCUGCGGCGAAGAUGAAGCUUUCAAUGCCGCAUGGGGUCGUUGCGCCCGUGACAUUGCAUCCUGUCCCAAUGAGUUCGCUUGUUUGGCUCCUGGUGCCUUCGAAGAUCCUCUAUCAAAUGCUUCAUAUUAUUUGUGCUAUAGCCGUCUGACUCUUGACGGCUAUCUAUUAUAUCAUGUUAAGUGCGGCAGCGGUGAAGUAUUUCUACCGGAAAUAGGUAAAUGUUUCAUUGACCUGAGCGAUUUCGCUAACGCAUAUCUCAACUACGAUUGGCUUCAAGUGCAUGAUAUUGAUGUAGUUAAACUAGAAUACGAACAGUACAAAACAGAAGCCAAGUUGCAAAUUAAAUUGGAAAAGGAAAAGGCCAAAAUGGAAAAGAAAUUGCAAAAGGAGUUGGAGAAAUUGGCCAAGAAAAAAGCCAAAGAGGAAGCAAAAGCCGCUAAAGCAGCUCUUCUUGGUCUUUAAGCAAAUAGACGUUUGAAAUUUCCUUCAUUUUAAUGUUCGCCGUACGUAGAUAAUUGAAAUAAUAAAAAAAAAAACAA